AUGUCUUCGUCUGGAACAGUAUCUACUUUUCAAUGUCGUGUACAAUAUCUCGAUGAUACGGAUCCAUUUUCAAGUGUUAACUUACCAGAACCAGCUCGUCCUCCUCUAUUUACGUAUUUAGUUGAUGUUCCACUUAUCAAUCAACUUAGUAGUGUACAUAAAGUUUUAAAUGCUCCACACAAGCUUGCCGAUUGUGCACUUCAAUUGUAUCGACAAGAUGGUAGUAGAUCUGAAUUUGGACCCUAUCUUGAUUUAGAUCAAACAUUAGAAGAACAAAAGGAAGAAUUAGAAGGUUAUACUGACGGCCGAAAAUGGUCGAUAGUACUUCGUACACAACUGACAGUUCGUGUAAAUGCGUGUAUAGACAAAUUAUUGAAUUCCGACGGUCGAGAAUUAAGACGUUCAUUAUUUUCACUAAAACAGAUAUUCCAAGAUGACAAAGAUCUUGUACAUGAAUUUGUAAAUAAUCAAGGCUUACAAUGUUUGGUGAAAAUUGGUGGUGAAGCAGAUCAAAAUUAUCAAAAUUAUAUAUUGAGAGCAUUUGGUCAACUGAUGUUAUAUGUCGAUGGUAUGAAUGCUGUAAUGUCACAAAAUGAAGUUGUCCAAUGGCUUUAUUCCCUGGUCGAAUCGAGUUUUCGUCUUGUUGUUAAAACAAGUUUAAAAUUAUUGAUCGUAUUUGCAGAAUAUACCGAAACAAAUUCAUUAUUGAUAUUACAAGCUGUUAAUUAUGUUGAUAAAUCAAAUCGCCGAUUAAUGUGGUCAAAUGCAAUGAAAAUUUUAAAUGAAUACGAUAAUACACCAUCUGAAGUGGUUUUAUUAAUUAUAACAUUAUUUAAUGCCGUUUUAUCUAACGUACCUGAUCAAGAUACGUUUUAUGAUAUGACCGAUGCUUUUGAACAGCAAGGAAUGCAAAAAGUUUCACAAUAUUAUUUAAAUAAAAAACCAGCAGAAACAGAAGUAGUUGAACAAUUCAAUAUUUACGAAGCAACAUUAAAACAUGAAGAUGGAGAUGAUGAAUCGGCAAUUGCCCAAAUGAUGAGUGGUAGUAAAAAAGGCAUGAACAGAGGAGUAACAUCAUCUGGAUCACUAUCAAAUAUCUAUGAUUCUACUGCGUUAAGUUCAUUGCUGAUAUUACCUACACCGUCGAUAUCGGACGAUGAUAGUUAUCAUUAUCAAAAAUAUCAGCAACAUUCGACUUUAAUCGAUUCCAUACUAAUAGAUUCAGGCCAACAAGACAAUGAAGAUGCUAUUGAAGAAGAUCACACAGAAUCAUUGGAUGAAGAUCCUAAUUCUAGUUUGAUUGAAAGGAAAACAAGAGUGAAAAGUGCAGUAUCUGAUCGUCAUAGCAUGCGACGGAGUAGUUCUCAUAACAUUCCGACGAGCGAUGGAGUAUUAAAACAGAAUAAUUUACUUAUAAACGAUGCAACAAUUAACAAUAAUAAGAGCAAGGAACAAGAAGUACCGAAAUCAUCUGGCUCGGCUAUUCGUCGUAUGCAAAAUCGUUGGGAAGCUGAAACCCAAGAACGUGAAGCUGCUGCAGCUAAGGCACAAGUACCAAAAUCUCAGCCGUCAAGCACAGCCGGACGUCAGAGAGAUCGAUGGGCAACGUCAGAAACAGGAGCUGAACAACAGCCACAAAUAAACAAUCAUCACGUUCUUCAGAAACUACCUGAUUUAGAUAGUGUAAAUAAACGUCUCAAUUCUGCCAACAAAUCAACAUCGGUCGAAAGUCAUGCAGUUCCUUCAAAUACAUCUAGUCGUUUUUCUCGUCCAUCAGCCACAGUCGACACCGUGGAUGCUCCGACAUCGCCUGUGUCCACAACAGUUCUGUCACCAUCAGGUCAUCGAGGAUCCGAUACAAGGUUCUUUCCUCCGCAACAUAUGACAACUAUCUCACCACCACCAACAACAAAUUCUCGACCCAUGUUGGCAACACAUAAAAAUGGUGCCGCUGUGGAAACGUUAAUUCGGCAGGCUGGUGCUCCAAAUAUGUCCGAUUCAACGAACAGUAACAAUAUACUGGUGAAAGAACCAAAAGUUAUUUCAUCAUCAGACUGUGUCGGUGCUAUAACAAGAGCAAAAGAAAGUCUACAAGCAGCCAGUAUAAAACAACCAACUACAGCGUCCGCCGGUAUCGGUUUAUCAGCACAAUUACCAAGUGAACUAGCCAAUAAACCACGUUCGGAAAACGAUUUGCAGUGGGAAUAUAUUGUUGGAAAAGUGUUGAAUAGGAAAUUGGUUGUACAAGAUCUUAAUUUUGAAGAAUUGGAUGAUAAGGAUGAUGUUAACUGUAUGACGAUUGGAGGAAAACUUACGGGACCUCCAAUGCCACCACCAAUGAUGGGCGGAAUGUCGAAUGGUUUGCCACCACCACCUCCACCAAUGAUGGGCGGUCCACCACCACCUCCACCAAUGAUGGGCGGUCCACCGCCUCCUCCACCGAUGAUGGGUGGUCUACCACCUUCUGUUUUAUCGGGAAUUAAAUCACCUCCAGUUGCUAAUGGCAUCCCACCUCCCGCACCGUCUUUACAACAACAAGCGAAAUCUAUGAAAACAGUCCGUUUACAUUGGAAAGAUGCAGCAAAUCCGUCGAACAAUAUGAUGCCAUCAUCUCCAUCGGAUUCGAUAUGGUCAUCAUUACAAAAAGUAAAAUUAGACACGGAAAAAAUAGCACAGUUAUUUGAAUUGAAACAAGCCGAAGUUAAAUUAAAGAAAGGUGGUGAUGCUAAAAAAGAAAUAACUGUACUCGAUACAAAACGAUCAAAUGCUAUUAAUAUUGGUUUAACAGUACUACCACCAGCGAGAACAAUCAAAGCAGCUAUCUUAAAAAUGGAUAAUAGUGUUAUUAAUAAAGAAGGAAUUGAAAAAUUAUUAACAAUGUUACCAACUGAAGAAGAAAAAACCCGUAUUAUGGAAGCACAAGUGGCCAGCGCCGAAAUCCCAUUAGGUAAUGCUGAACAGUUUCUAUUAACAUUAGCAUCGGUAGCUGAACUAGAAGCAAGAUUAAAACUAUGGUUAUUCAAACUUGACUUUGACAAUGUUGAAUUGGAAAUUGCUGAACCCUUAAUGGAUUUAAAAAAUGGUAUGAAAAAUCUAAAAGAUAAUGGAACAUUUCGAAGAAUAUUAGAAGUACUGCUCGCCAUUGGAAAUUAUUUGAAUGGUGUUGAGUCUCCUGGUUUUCAACUCGAUUAUUUAGCAAAAGUUCCUGAAGUAAAAGAUACAGUCAAUAAACAUUCGUUAUUAUAUCAUGUAUGCAAUGUUGUUGUGGAGAAAUAUCCUGAAACAACAGAUUUAUAUUCUGAAAUUGGAGAAUUAACACGAUGUUCAAAGGUCGAUUUUGAUGAAUUAGAACUAAAAUUGAAUAAAGUUGAAAAUGAUUGUCGAGCAUCCUUUGAUUGUUUAAGAGCAAUAAGCAAACAUGAAACACCACAAAUAAAAACCAAAUUAUCCGAAUUUUUAAGCGAUUGUGCUGAACGUGUUUGUCUAUUACGUUUGAUUCAUCGUCGUGUUAUUAAUCGUUUUCAAAAAUUUUUAUUAUGGCUUGGAUAUCCACGAAGUAUUAUUCAAGAAACAAAAAUUACACAAUUUUGUAAAAUAUUAAGUGAAUUUGCUUUGGAAUAUCGAACAACACGUGAUAGAAUUACGUUACAGAAACAAAAAAAACAAAAUCGUGGUGAAAGAAAUAGAACAAGGGGAAAAUUAAUUACAGAAGUAUUUCCUGAAAAAAGUAAUAUGCUUCGUCAUCAAAUUGACACACGAACAGAUGACGAAUUAGAAUAUAGUCAUGGAAUGAAGGAUAUAAAAAUAAACCAUAAUCUGAAGCCGAUAACAUCAAAAGACAGUGGAAAUGCUAAUAAUAACAGUAAUAAACUAACCGUCGGUGGUCUAAAACAACAAGCAGCACCAUCGGGUUUAGCGGCAGCAUUUAGUACAUCAAAAAGUGAACAAAUGAUGCCCGGACAUCGUGUUCGAGAAAAAGCGGGACUUACUAAUGUGAGAAAACCAACAGUUCAGUCAUCGACCAAACAAGCAGCAGCAAAUGAAACAGAAGGUUUUGAUACAGGAGACGAAUUACUUGAUGAUUUGGUUAAAAAUGCCACGUUAACUGCAUCAAAAGAUGCCUUAAAACAAAGAAAAACGGCUCGUUAUGGACAGAGAAAAUCUCCUUUUGAAGCUUUAUGUUUCAACGAUGAAAAUGUUUUGGAUGAAUUGAAUAAUAUACAAAAUAAAUUUUCAUCAUUUCCCUUUGGUUUUGGUGAAUCUUCUUGUGAAACUGAAGUUGGGAAAAAUAAUCAAGAUGAAAACAUGUUCAAUGUAUUUAUGCAACUCGGUCAUUAUGCUGAUUUAUUAAGUGCAUCACAAGCAUUAGUUACCGAUUUGAAAAAUAUUGCUGGUAAUGAUAAUGUAUCUAAUACACAAGCUGUUAGAGAACAACAUGGACGAGAUGAAUCUUACCAUAAGGUGCCAAUGCAUCAUUGGGAGGUUAGUCUGAAAUUGAUAUUAUUAAACUUUGUAUCAUUACUUUGUUGUCAAAUAGGUAUGUGUUCAACAAGUGCUUCAGGAACUCAAGCCGUCCGAUACGGAACAAUGAGAGAAAAUGUCAUAAAUAUGGAAGUAGUAAUGGCCGAUGGUAAUAUUAUCAAAACAGCCGGACUCAAAGGUCGUAGUAGAAAGACAUCCGCCGGUUAUAAUUUGACCAAUUUAUUUGUGGGCAACGAAGGUACUUUGGGUAUUAUUACCGAAACGACUCUUAGACUCCAUGCUGUACCAGAGGCGAUUUUGGCUGCUGUUUCUCCGUUUAAAGAUUUUCGCUCGGCUGUUGAUGCUACUGUAGACGUAAUGCAAAGUGGAUUGCCAGUGGCUCGAAUUGAAUUUUUAGACGAAACGAUGAUUGAUGCAUGUAACAAAUUUAGUAAACUAAAUUUAGAUGUGGCUGCAACAUUAUUUUUAGAAUUUCAUGGAACUAAGGAUAAUAUUGAUGCUCAAGGAAUAGCUGCGGAGGAAAUAUGUAAAUCAUUUGGUUGUUUAAAAUUUGCAUUUUCAAGUGAAUUAGAAAAAAGAAACGAAUUAUGGAAAGCCAGACACAACGCUGCGUAUGCGGCUCAGGCGAUGAAAGCAGACUCGAAAAUGUACAGUACAGAUGUUUGUGUACCAAUUAGUCAAUUGCCAGAAAUGAUUGUUUACGCCAAAAAAGAGUUGGAACGAUUGAAACUAUUAGGACCAAUUGUUGGACAUGUUGGUGAUGGAAAUUUUCAUGUUAUUCUUGUUUUUGAUCCGAAGAGUAAUGAAGUAACUGAACGAGUUCAUGAAUUUUCCAAGAAUCUAGCAAAUUUGCUUUAUUUAUUCAAUAUGGCGGAAGCCGCAGUAUAUGCUACUGAUGCUGACCAAUUACGCAUCGUAAUAAUUGCUCAACCAAAAGAACUUUACCAAUGCCGAUAUCGCAGUGAUUUUAACGAAGAAAAAAGUCGUUCAGCAAGAUAUAUUCGUAGCAUAGAGAAAAAUAGUGAAUAUCCAACUAUAAAAAUUCCAACUGAAUAUUGUAGCAGUCAAUAUCUUAUUCGAGUAUCAUUAACAACCGUACCAGAUGAAACCGUUCCAGUUCGAUGUGUUCAUCCGUAUUCACUUGAAGCACCAAAAUCAGACACAGAUGUGCGUCGAGAUGAGAGAACAAAUUCAUUGUAUUUUCCAAUCACACAACAUGAUAUACAAAGUAACGGAGUUAAAUGUUUUUGUCACUUGAUGUUAAUUAAAUCCAAACAAGACCAACUGAGUUUAUGUGGUCCAAUUAGUUUGUUUGAUCAUGAUGGAUAUGAUAUUCCACGUGUUGAGAAUCAAAAAGACAAUCCAAAAAAUUUAAUACAAGUCUAUAAGUUGUACAAAUCACAACUAGUUUUUACUGUCGUUGAACUAAAACCUGAUGGAUUAUGGGCAAUUCUAAAUUCAACAACGGCAUAUUCACAGACAAUGAUUGAAAUAAAAAGGAAAGAACAAUCUGUUGAUAAGAAUGCGUGUCAAAUUCGUAAAUAUGCGCCAAAAUAUGGUGAAUGUAUUGGAGGAGAUGAUGUAAUUUUAAUUUUGAAUACUAAAAUUGAUAAAAAAUCUCCAUUAAGUAUUCGUUUUGAACAACAUGAAAAUGAUAAAUUGAUUUGGGCGACAUCUAUUAAUGAAUUUGAGGCUACUGAUAAAAUAAUUACAUUUAAAUCACCACCGUACAUAUCUCAACAGACAAAUAAGUUAAUUGCUGUUGAUAUUGUAUUAAUUCAAGAUGGUGCUAAAAUUGAUCGAAAACAAUAUUUUUAUCAAUCAAGAAAUACAGAUUACACAAAUUUAUGUUCGAAUUGUCGUCAACCAUCAAAUAUUUCUUUAACGUCAACAUCAUCAUCUUCAGAGGAUAAACCACCAUCAGCUAAGCGAUUUUUAUAUGAUAAGAGUGAUCAAGUAGCUACGAACUGUAUUGAUAGUAGUAAGUCUCCAUUUGUAGUAAGUCUAUCAUCGCCAUUGUACAUUAUUUUUCUUUCUCUCUUACCAGCAAUAAAGGACUUUGUAGCAAAAUUAGUAAAUUGUAUGGCUGAUUUAUUAACAAAUAACGAUACUCAACCAUUAAUUAAUCAAACAAAUAAAUUAAUUAAUAAACGAAAAGACAAUCUAUUACAUCGAACGAUUGAAAAUGGGCACACAUUAUUGGCUCUACAACUAUCGAAAGCGGUUGCUAAACUACCCAAUAAUAUAAUUGAAAGAAAAAAUAAUAAUGGAGAAACAGCAAUUCUAUUAGCGGCAAAAUUAAAUAACAUAGAUGUAUUAGAAACACUAUUAUUAAUGGAUCUUAAAUUUAUUUAUGCUUUAGAUAAUGAAAAUAAUAAUAUUUUUCAUUUAUUAACAUCACAACAAAAUUCAAAUAAGACAAUUGAAUUUAUUCUGAACUUUUUAAAUAAUAAAUCGAUUAAUAUCAAAGAAAAAUUUGAUAAACGAAACAAAUUCAAUGUAACCCCAUUACAAUUAUCUGCUCAAAAUAGAAAUUUUGAAGGUACAAAAAUGCUAAUCGAAAUUGGACAUUUUAACACGGAUGUAAUUGAUGAAAAAUUGGUACUAGCAAUUAGAAAUAAUGAUUUAUCGAUGGUUGAAUAUUUUAUCAAUGAUCUAAAAUUGACUGAUCAAUCAAAAUUAAACAUGCCAUUACAUAAACUUGAUAAAACUAACUGUUUGUGA